CCAGGCAUGAGCACAUGGAUACACCACACACACACACACACACACACACACACACACACACACCCCAGAAGGGGAAAACAGGUAAAUGACGGUAGACCAAAGACUAAUCAUAUCAAUUAACACAUUAAAUAUUUCUGGAGUGAAAAGGAAGACCAAAAUAUAUUCCAUUAUGCUUGUAUUUUUAACACAGUGACAUAAAGCCAUGUACACAAAUAAUGGGGAACAGACCACUGAAGUCUAUGAACCAGAAGCAAACAUUAUUCCAGACCCUGCAGAGCAAAAUGUAGCUUAUCAGUUAAUUAGGGCCCCAAUCAGAGUUUGGGUUUCUGAUAUGACGGCAAUGUGGAGGAGUUUUGAGCUUCUUUUUAAAGUGAAAACUAAGUAUCAGACAUGGAAGUAGACAGAAGUUUCUGUUCCACCUGAUCCCACAGCCAUUCACUCCCAAAGAAACACAUAGAGCUUCAUAUUAAUUACAAACUGUUUUGUCUAUUAGGUCAGGCUUAUUAUUAACUAGCUUUUACAACUUAACCCAUAAUUUUUGCCUAUGUUUAGCCAUGUGGUUUGGUAUCUUUUCUCAUAAGGCAUUCUCAUUUUGUUUAAUCUGCAUCUGGCUGGUGACUGUGUCUCUGUCUUUCUUCUUCCCAGAAUUUUCCUGGUCUGGUCACCCUGUCUACAUUUCCUGCCUGACUACUAACUGAUUGGCAUUUUAUUAAAUCAAUAUGAGUGACAAAUCUUUAUAGUGUAUAAGGGUAUUAUCCCAUAACAUAUGGAACAAAAGGAUUUCUUUAUAAUCUUGAGAUUAAGCAUAGAAUCAGGUUUACAUUUUAAAAUUAGCAAUUUCUGCUUAUGACGUGUUGGCUUAAGGUUUAACAUGCAGCUGUCCUGACACAGCUGUGAAGUAUAUAAGACAGUGCAAGGAAGAAGAUAAAGUAGAGGCAGUAGUUAACGGUUAAGGAAAUGAGAAGAUAGAAGCAACCAUUAAAUGUCAACCUUGGUCCACAGCAGUUGUAAGGCAAGGAUAACCUCUUUAAAGCUAACAAUUGGUUGCAGACAAAGCUGGUGGCUGCAAGGCAAAAACCCAUUGUUCAAAGUUAAUAUUUUCCUGCUGACAGACCUGCAGGCUGUCAGCUCUCAUCUCUCUAGGCUUACAAUUUUAUGUUCCUGGGUUCUUCCUAUAAGAUGGGCUUCAUCUUAUCCAAGGAUACUACACCUAUCUUGUGAUUGGUACCAAGGAGUGAAUGCGUGCACAUUGGCUACUGCAUUUAACUUGGGAAGUGUCUACCAUGGUCCAGAUCUCACUGAACUUUUCCUGUUUCUUCAGAUCUUCUACUCAUCCCAGAGCCAGGGAGGGGCAACCACCAGCUUUGCUUACUUCCCUAAUGAAAAGUUCCUAAGCGAAAACUUCCAUGAGGUGGAUUUAGGCAAAGAGAAGCCUCAACCUGGAGACCUCUUCUUGUUUGAGUUGCUGACUCCUAAGGCCCAGUACUUUGGGGCCCACGUGGGUGUUUACUGCGGCCAUGACGAGAUCAUACACUUUAUGGCUAAGAGUCUAAUGGAAACGUUCGUGGAAGACUGUGAGGGUGUGGUGUACAAAGAGGGCCUCCAUCAGCUAAAGCGCUCACGAAAGCUCUUGCGUGUACUUCGCAAACGUGGUGGCGUUGACAUUAAGUUGCUGGAGCGCCGUGUAUAUGAAGCUAUGAACCGAGAUCCUCCUCACUAUAAUAUUAAGAAUAACAACUGCGUGCACUUUGCCCUGAAGCUGCUGGGCAUGUACUCAGUAAGCUCCUCUGUUCUAGUUGUACAUCCCCAUGCCAGUCCCUGGGUCCUCCUUUCUGAGUUCCCCCCAUUUCCAACCAGCCCACAAAUUCUGAUAUUGGGGUUUUGAGAACCCUAGUUCCACAAAUCAGGAAAGCCAUUGGGAAGUCUUCCAGUCUCAAAGCCUUACUGGGGGUUCCAACCAUUCAGCCCCAGGCCCAAAACUCUAGCCCAAAGAGAUGUAACCCACGCAUCAGCCUAGCUUAGGGCUUUCUCUCCAUCCAGACCAGUUCCUUCCUUGCUUCCUUCUCUCUCUCUCUCCCUGCCUCCCUCUCUCCCUCCCUUGGGUCUUGGGAACUAAGCUCCAGGAAUCACGAAGCCCCUGAGACCCGGAGGUUAGACUAGGCCCUAACUCGGUCCGUUAAUUCUUCUU